AUGCCACAGUUCAAGGAUAAAGAAGAUUUUUGUAAACAAACUAAUGUUAGACCCGAGAAAGAUCAAGAAUUAAUUAAAUUUGCCUAUGAACACCUUGAUCAUUUACCCUUUGAUAGGAAUGAUAAAGAGGCUUAUGAAAAUUAUGAAAGAAUGAUAAGUGGUAUGAUUUAUAAUGAUAGACAAAAAGAUUUAUUUGAAAUUAGAUGUAAAUGUAGGGAUUUCAUGUUAGAUUAUGGUGAUUUUAGAACUAGAAAUUAUAAAACUUUAGAAGAUUAUCAACUUGCUAAAACUAAUCAUUUAAAAAAAUUCAUUGGUCAUGUUGGUGAUGGUACAUAUAUGGAAUAUCCCAUUUAUUUUGAUUAUGGAUUUAAUACUUAUCUAGGAGAGAAUUUCUAUUCAAAUUAUAAUUUAAUAAUUUUAGAUGUUUCAAUUGUUAAAAUUGGUGAUAAUGUCAUGUGUGGUCCAAAUGUUUCAAUUCUUACUCCUAGUCAUCCAAUUGAUCCAACCUUAAGAUAUGAAUAUUUAGAAAAUGCCCUACCUAUCACCAUUGGUAAUGGUGUUUGGUUAGGUGGAGGCUGUACCAUUCUUGGUGGUGUUACUGUUGGGGAUGGUAGUGUGGUUGCUGCUGGUGCAGUUGUGAAUAAAGAUGUACCUCCAAAUACUGUAGUUGCUGGAGUACCAGCAAAAGUGAUCAAAACCAUGGACCCAAGAGAUCCAAAUUUUGAUAUCCAAGCAGAAUUGAAGAAAUACGGCAUGGAUCAUAUUGCUUAG